UCAACACACAAAUAAAAAUGGUGGUUCAAUUUCUUUAAAAGGAUUUUUAAAUCGAAAUAAGAUGCUGAUAUCAAUAAAAACGUUUGAAAAGUGACAGACAUUUCAAACAAGUUUAAUGUUGUAAAUAUAUUGUUUGUGAAAUUACGUGGUGCGCAAGUGAAACAAGAGUUGUGUAUGACAAAUAACAGGUUGUUGGAGAUACCGAAAUCGCUAUAUGCCUGUAUGUAAAUCGGAAGUGUUGUUUUUUUGAGGCCUAUGCAGAGUUGUUUUAAACCACAAAGUUAAGAAAACGUUAACGUUUAUAUAUAAGUAAAAAACAUAAACUCGCAUAUAUCACUACAACUAUCGAGCUUGGGACAUGUAUUCGUUCAGCAUGUGACCCACAUCUAAGAUUUCUCUUCUCAGUUGUGUGUGGUGUUGAUCGUUUUAAGAACUAAUAGUAGCAAAAAACAAGGAAGAAAUCGAAGCUGAUGCAGUAUGUGAGGGUUUGUCAACAGACAUGACAUUUGGUAAUGCUGUCACGGAUGAAUACAACCCGCAGAUCUUGCAGGGGGUCAGAUUUAUUUUUUUCCGAUUUAUAUAACUUUAAUGUACAAUUACAUGUAAGUUUCAAUGUUAUAUACCAGUGUUUGGAAUUGGAUAUUGAACGAUCAGUGCGAGAUGCAUAAAUUUAUAAAGUAUGCACGAUAAAGACGGAACUUUAAUAAAAAUGGCAUGUAGAUGCCAGUGCAACAAUUUUAACUCUCAGGAUUAGAACAAUGGUGCAGGAUGGCACAUGCUGAAAAUCACAGAUAUAUUGUGCAGGUGUUUGUGGGAGCUCUGUCAGCACAAUAUGAGGCGCUAUCAGUAGAAGCCUCAAAGCAGACAAGCUCGGAGGAGAUAGUAUGUUGUAUCACAGAAAAACUUAAAUUAACAGAUGGAUCUGGUGGACCAUAUGAACUGGCUGAGGUGGUUGGUGAUACAGUCAGUGGGGAAUGUAAAGAGAGACGGCUCGGCCCCAAUGAGUCCCCGGUUGCCGUCAUGUUGCUGUGGCCUAACAACAAUACAGAUCAGUACUACAGGUUCUAUCUACGGGAGAAAAUUCCAGAUGAGCCAUGGAUGGAGAAAUUUUCUGUUGACCCACAGCUGAUAAAGGACUACUUCCAGAGGUUUCUAUAUCAGCCCAAAGACAGAGAAUAUCCCGACUUGUGUCAAUUGCCAGAGCUAAAUGAACAGACACUGCUUGAUAACCUGAGAGCUAGGUUUGCUGCUGGAUACAUUUACACAUAUGUGGGAUCAAUAUUAAUAGCGGUCAAUCCAUUUAAAUUGUACCCAAUCUACAAUCCGAAGUAUGUGAAGCUCUACCAGAACAAGAGAAUAGGAUCCAGCCUUCCUCCACACAUAUUUGCAGUAGCAGACGCAGCGUACCAUACUAUGCUACGCGAAAGAACAAACCAGUGUAUAGUGAUUAGUGGUGAAAGUGGUUCGGGAAAGACUGAAAGUACAAAUUUUCUUCUCCAUCAUCUCACUGCGUUAAGUCAGAAAGGAUCACACGGCAGUGGUGUUGAACAAACGAUCCUAAGUGCGGGUCCAGUGUUAGAGGCGUUUGGUAAUGCGAAAACGCCCCACAAUAAUAAUUCAAGUCGUUUUGGCAAGUUUAUUCAAGUUAACUAUAAGGAAAAUGGUAUGGUCCAUGGUGCGGUGGUGCAAAAAUAUUUACUGGAGAAAUCAAGAAUAUGCAGUCAGGGUCGCAAUGAAAGGAAUUAUCAUGUGUUUUACUAUCUGUUGGCGGGUGCAUCGGAGCAGGAGAGAGAACAGUUACACCUUCUAAGUGUUGAUAAAUAUAAUUAUCUAUCCAAAACUGGUUGUAGUGUAGUGCCUGGUGUGGAUGAACAGUAUGAGUUUUCAAGAUUAAAACAAUCCAUGGAUAUGGUAGGUUUUACUUUGGACAAGCAGCGAAGGCUGUUUGCUGUGCUGUCAGCUGUGCUCCUUUUAGGUAAUGUCGAGUUCCAACCUCAACGCAAGUCGUACCACCACGACGAGGCGGUGGGCGUGCGCAACCCCGAGGUGGUCUCCCUCAUCUCCUCCCUCCUAAGGGUCAAGCAGGAGACUCUUCUUGCCGCACUCACCUCGAAAAGGGCGAGGGCGUCCGGAGAAACCCUUGUCAUAAACUACAGAUUGCCGGAAGCUAUAGCGACUCGAGAUGCGAUGGCAAAGUGCCUUUAUGGUGCUUUGUUCGACUGGAUAGUGAUGCAAGUCAACCAUGCUCUACUCUCCAAAAAGGAUACGCUGCGGGAACAUCAGGGACAUAGUAUAGGGGUUCUGGAUAUAUUCGGUUUCGAGGACUUCGGUCCCAACAACAGUUUCGAGCAGCUGUGCAUCAACUAUGCGAACGAGCACUUACAGUACUACUUCAACCAGCACGUGUUCAAGUAUGAGCAGGAGGAGUACCGGCGCGAGGGCAUCCGCUGGACAGACAUCGGCUUCUCAGACAACACUGGCUGUCUGCAGCUCAUUGAGGGCAAGCCCAGCGGCCUGCUGUGUGUGCUUGAUGAUCAGUGCAAUUUCCCAUGGGCCACUAAUGAGACAUUGUUACAAAAGUUUAACUCUGUACAUGAAGACAAUCCGUUCUACGAGAAACCUCAGAGGAGAGAGCCUGCGUUCGUAGUGCGACAUUACGCUGGCAGAGUUAAAUAUCAGGUGACAGCAAUGAGGGAGAAAAAUCUAGAUCUAAUGCGACAAGACAUAGUGAGCGUGUUGAAGAAUUCCUCGCUGGCUUUCGUGAGGGAACUGGUCGGUGUUGACCCUGUUGCUGUGUUUCGUUGGGCGAUUGUACGCGCCUUUUUCAGAGGUUACUUUGCAUUCUUAGAAGCGGGCAGAAGACACCGAGUUCACAGGGUAGAUGGCGCCUCUAGAGUGCCACGACCUUCCAUACAAUCUGUCAACGAUAACAUUAUUAGAACGCCACACAGAGCGGGCAGUAAGGUGUGCGUGCGCAACAGCGCCGGCAACAGCGAGGGUAGGCAGAGCGGCGCGCGCGGCGGCGCUCGCCCCGCCAAACAUUACAGGAUCGCCGAGAUGCGCACGCGCCGCCUCGACCGCGACCUUGACGACGCCGACGUCAUGCAGCGCGCCAGCCAGAUCGUCCUGAAGAACAAGUCGUUCAGGCCCAGAGAGCGCGCUAAAAAGGGUCUUAAGAACUUACAAAGUGUGAAGACUUUGGCGGGACGUACAGCGGCACCUGCAGGCAAAAGAAAGCAACCUUUGACUGUAGCUGCUCAGUUCCAGCAUUCUUUAGCUGCACUAAUGGAGACUUUGAAUCAGGCUAAUCCGUUCUUUAUAAGAUGUAUAAAAUCCAAUGGCGACAAGAUAUCGAACGUUUUCGACGAGGAUACCGUCCAACGUCAGCUGCGGUACACUGGCAUGCUGGAGACAGUGCGCAUCCGUCAGGCGGGAUACAAUGUGCGUCUCACGUAUGAGGAGUUUAUACAGCUCUACAGGAUCCUACUGCCCAAGGGUCUGCUCAGCUCGCAGGCAGACGUCCGGCAUUUCCUAGCCACAUUGAAUCUAGAUAGAGAUAAUUAUCAAGUCGGGGCUACGAAAAUCUUCAUGAGAGAAAGUGAGCAGAGAAAACUGGAAUACCGAUUGCAUCAACAAAUAAUGGCGUCCAUAAUCACGAUCCAGCGCUGGCACCGCGCGGUACUUGAGCGACGUCGCUUCUUAGCGUUGCGCCGUGCUGCGCUUGUUAUACAGGGAUAUUGCAGGCAAUGGUUGGCAUCACGACAGGAUGCGGCGACUCGACUACAAGCGUGGUACCGCGGCGCGCGCGUGCGGCGCUGGUACGUGUCGCUGCGGACCGCUGUGGUCGCCUUCCAAGCGCACGCGCGCGGAGCACUGUUGCGCCGCAAUAUACCGCGCCUCAGGACAACACGCCCAUCGCACUGCGCCCCGCCCACAACCGUGACAACACAACACAAUAACUCGCAUGAAGGUAGUGCAGCCGCAGAGUACGCCGCGCCUGACUUCGACAAGAGCAUGCUUGUGCUUAAAAAUAUUAUGGAUCUAGAUGCAUUGUUCGAUGGUUCAGCGAGCGGCAGAGCUUUAAGGGCGACAUACUCUUUGCCCGUUGAUAGUUGGGACAAUAAACACGAUUUGGAGAACAUAAUUGCCAAGAAUCAAAAGAAAAGGAUCUCAAAAACGCAGAACGUCAACGAGUUGCCGCUCAAACAGUCUAGUACAAGUUCAAUAAAUGAAGAGACAAACGAGUCGUCACCAGAGGAGAGCUGGCAUGUGGGCAAGUACCCGGGAGGCGCAGUGGCUGUGCCCAGCAAGAUCACCGCUGACGACAUCGCGCACGAGCUGCUCUGGCUCAAGCUGGACCGCGACUACAUCAUUACUGAACGAAACAAGAAACGAGAGCGCGAAUUGGCGGAGUCCCUGGCCAGCAGCAGCGAGGAGUACCUGAGGAAGGUCAGCGACUGGAAUCAGGCCGACGGCGAGGAUGCCAGUCUCAAUAGCAUCAGUAAGGCGUCACCUCAAAUGUACCAACGCAGCCUGUCGAGCCUGCUGAGCCUGCCGCCCGUGCGCCGCGCACCCAGAGAGCACGCCCCCGCACCGCACCCCGCCCACACCGCGCACCGCCCCGCACAUGAUACCAACUCUGAUGCCGCAUGCGUGUCAGCGCAGCGUGUAUCGGAGGGUGGUUCUGCGCCUGCGCCGCCCGCGCGUGCCAGCCGGCGGUCCCCGCGUGCCGCGCCGCCUGACCGCGCUGACCUCGACCCCAGCGACCGCACUGACGCUGCACCCCGCCCGCUGCCUCUCCCACUGCCUGACAGGGACAUUAGUAGAACGGAGUCGAGUUUGGCGCGGCGGCGUCGCAACUCAGACCCGGCACCUGGAGCGCCCGAGCGACGCCCUGAACUGGUACCCGAGCUGCGCCCCGCCGACCCACGCUCCACUGACUACAUUGGACAGACAGGCAAUGGCCUGUUCCGGAUAGCGGGACACAGGUUUCGUAAAGGCACACGUUUCGCGAAGGGCGAUAAAUGUGUAUACUGUCAUCAGGCAAUCGACGCUUUCAUCACACAAGGUCAGCGCUGUAUCGACUGCAAACAGCUCUACCACACCAAAUGCAUACAGAAUAAGGGUGUCAUUACAAUGCCCUGUUCCAGUCCAGUAACAAUAUCUCCCAGGGGACGACAUAAAUAUAGAAAGAGAAUUAUAAAAGACUCAGCGUAUAAUUCCUUAUCAGAUCAGUCUAAGAGUUCUGUGAGCUCUAACUUCAGUCUGACAGGAACUUCAGAGUUCAUGGACAGAACGGACAAGAUAAUAUCCGACGCGACUGAAUUGCAAGCGAUGCAGAAUUUUAUCACGAAGAAGAUAUAUCAAAUGGAAUCCUCAGAGAAUGAGAAACAAUCUGAGGUUGACAGAGUAUUCAAGCACGCACUGCGAGAGUUCAAAGACAACCUAGUGGCCACCUACAGCGUGGUGGAGACUCGGGGCUCGGCGCUCAAGUACAAGGACCUGAUCGGUAACUUCCUGCACGUGAUGGAGACAGUGUGCGCUCGCGAGGGCUCCACGCUCUCCAUCACGAUGGGAGUCAACGCCUUCAGAGGAUUCAUGGACGAGUUCAUGAGCCAACAUGAAACUGAUAAAACGAGGACUAAGAGGAAAAAGGAUAAGAAACGAAAAGUGGACGAACCGAUCCAGUACAAGGGACAUACAUUCAUACUUUGUAUGAUCAAUAUCCCCACAGAGUGUGAGAUCUGCAAGACGUUCUUCAUGUGGCCCAUCGAGCGCUCUCUCAUCUGUCAGAUCUGCAAGCUCACCUCGCACAAGAAGUGCUAUAUGAAGGUGACGACGCACUGCAGAAAGGACUCUGUGACGCCGGGCGCAGCCAUCGUGGGCGCAGUAGACGCGGGCGGUAGAGAGCAGCUUGGCGUACUCAGGCGUGGAAAGGUAUUCGGUGUGCCGCUGGGCGAGCUGCCGACGGGCGAGGGCAACAUCCCCAUAGUAGUAGACAGGCUGAUCACCACCAUUGAGAUGACCGGUCUUUAUACUGAAGGAUUGUACAGGAAAAGUGGACUUAGUUCUAAGGUGCGCGAGCUGUGCUGGCUGCUGGACGAGCGGCCGCAGGAGGGCGUGGACCGGCUGGAGUCGUACGCGGUGCACGUGCGCGCCUCCGUCCUCAAGAGCUUCUUCCGUGAGCUGCCCGAGCCGCUGCUCACCUUCGACCUCUACGACGACUUCAUACUCGCCGCUGAGAUAACGGACCCACAGGAACGAGUAUCAAGUAUAUUUACGAUACUAAAGAAAUUGCCAAAACCAAAUUUUGAUCUUGUGGAGAGAUUGAUAUUUCACCUGGCGCGGGUGGCAUUGGGUGAACAUCAUAAUAGGAUGGGUCCGAACGCGUUGGCGAUAGUGUUCGCGCCGUGCAUACUGCGCACACACAAGGUGCAGCCGGCGCAGGACUCGCUGCACGACAUCGCGCGACAGACCGCCUGCCUGGAGGCCAUACUUGUUGACAAGAUGCGCACUGUGCGCGGCAUGCUGCAGGACAUCGCGACUCUGGACACUGCGAGCCACACGGCCUCGUACCGGCUGCGCACGCUGCGUGACGCCGCUCAUCCGCGCGCUGAGCAGCAGCUGCUGGAGGGACACAUCAGCGAGAUUGAGAAGGAGAAGGCCAUACUCACAAACAACCUGCCAACUCUCAUACGGGCGACAUCUGACGACGACCUGCUGUCGACGACGGACCACGAUGGUGAAUUCGGCAGUACUGAUGACCUGAGCACCGGGUCUGCGUCACUACGAUCGCGGCUGCUGCACCGACAGCUGUCCUCUGAUGAUCCAAUCAUGGUGUAGCAUCACGAAAGCCACGUGCCCUGAACAUUGAUACUGUAUAUCCACAAAGCCUUAGGGCCCACGGGCCUUAUGACCUUUGUACAGUCAUUGGACCUUCGUAAACGGACGUCGAGUAUUUUGUCUUAUAGUAAUGGUGAAGUAGAAAAACGCUAGAUCAUAUAAAAAGUUAUUAAACCUAUUUUAUGUUCAUUUUAUAUCAGAUUAUUUCGAUUAAUUGAUAUCCAUAUUUGUGUAUAGGAAUACAUUUUUUUUGAGAAUCUUAUUGUUAAAAUUGAAAUCUGUUUUAAAUCUUUUUAAUUUAAUAAUGAUAAAUCUUAUAGCAAAAUGAACGAACUAUAGGUUGCUUGCUUGCAUUGAAAUGGAAUUAAAAUUUUUAGUACAGUAAUAGCGGUACAUUACUACGGCCAUUGAUACAAAAUCGUAUUUAUUUUCUACGAACAUAACUAAGUACUGUAAGUGUAGAUCUAGAUUAUUCUUGUAAAUAUAUUAAUGUUUUACAAUGCAAAUAUAGAUUUUAAUAUAUUGUAACCGGUGAAUUCACAUUUUAUUUUAAUUUCGAUGAGGUCAAUAGACUUUGAAACUAAUUUUUUUCGUGUUUAGUUAAUAUUUUGGUUAUACGAACUAAAAGACGAUCAAAUAGGUCAAAAAAAACUUCGUAGCUUUAUACAUCACGCGUUAUAGUCAAAAAAAUCCGACAAAAAUUUUGUUUAUAAAAUACAAGGGCUAGAAUUAACUAAAAAAUACGAAUUUUAAAUUUAUU